GUCGCAUGCGAAUGACGUCACGAAUAGAGCACGUUUGUUGUCGCACAGGAGCAUUUUUAACGCCGCUCUUCAGAUAAAAAGUUCAGCACACGCCACUGCCAUCAUGGGGAGAGCUGCUGACUUGACAGCCGAGCAGAAGAAGAUCAUCGAGACUCUCCACAAGGAGGGUCAGCCACACAAGGUCAUCUCUAAAAAGGCCGGAUGUUCACAGAGCUCCGUGUCGAAGCACAUUAAUGGAAAGCUGAGUGGACGAGACAAGUGUGGCAGGAAAAGAUGCACGACCAACAGGGAUGACCGCAGCCUCGAGAGGAUUUUAAAGGAAUGUCCGUUCAAGAACUUGGAAGAGCUGCACAAAGAGUGGACAGAGACUGGUGUCACUGCGUCAAGAGCCACAGCGCACAGACGGAUUCAGGAGAAGGGCUACUACUGCCACUUUCGUAGUACAGGUGACAUGGCGAAGAAUAAACAAAAAGCAAAAAAACAGAAGAGCGUCUUUCAAGUGGCAAGCAAGCACUCGAAGAGCAAGAACAAAGCGAAGCCCGUCACAACGGCGCUCAAACACAUCAAGGCAGGGAAAAAGGAGAAGGUGGAGAGCCUGAAUCAAAUCUUCACCGAAGUCCAGAGGGAUGUUACGAGCGUUUCCAAGUCUGUUGCUCCCAAACCAAAGAAACAAACACAGGUUGCCAAAGAGCCACCAAAGGAAGCUGUAAAUGUAGAUAACGCUGCUCAACUCUUCUCUCAGCUAUAAUGGACCACCAACAAGGACCAUCAUGAACACUUACUCCUCACAUCUGUCAUCAUUUCAUGUCAAAAUGGAAGCCGCAAAAAUCACAAGAAGCUGCAGUGUAAUAGCAUGAUGGUAAAACCCAAUGUGUACCUCAGAAUUUCUGUAUAGUCUGUGCAGAAAAAAAAUCUAAUAAUUGACAGUUGCACUGUCAGUUGUGAUAUUGUCUCAGAAAAGAUAGAAUAUUUAGUAUUUUUAUUGAUGGAUAUUCUGUUGUGUAAAAAUGUGUGCUCCAACUAAUUAUUGUUUUCAUCACUGAUUAAUCUGCUUCUUAUUUUCUUUAUCAAUAGAGAUUUUUUUUCUUUAUAAAAUGUGAAACGAUUUGGAAAAAUGGAUGAAAUCUUUUUUUUUUUUGGUCUUUAAAUCCAAAUCUGUCACAAAAGAUGAACUAAAAUAUGCAGGAAUGAUUAAACAGUGAACAAAUCAAAACUC